UACAGUGAGGUUUCCAGAUACAAUGAAAAACUUGCAACAUGGAGAUUUGGAUGACACAGUUUAUGUACAAUUUAACACUGUAUGCAAAAACAAAGUGUUAAUACAUAAUUAAAAACAUGUCCACAGUUGUGCAAGUGGUGGUCUGUGGUGUUCUGUUGUUGAAGUAGGAUUGGGAUUGUGCAGGUCAUUUCAAAACUCUGAUGGUUGUGGAAAGUAGCUGUUCCUGAAACUGAUGGUGUUACACUUCAGGCUGUUGCACCUCUUACCUGAUGGUAGCAGUAGAUACAAGACUAUAAGAUAUAGGAGCAGAAUUAGACAACUUGGCCCAUUGUAGCCACUCCACAAUUUCAUCAUGGCUGAUCCAAUUUUCCUCUCUGCCUCAGUCUCCUGCCUUCUCCCCGUAUCAAGAAUCUAUCAACCUCUGCCUUGAAUAUACAUAAACACUUGGCCUCCACCACUGCUUGUGGAAAAGAAUUCCACAGAUCCACCAUUCUCUGGCUAAAGAAAUUCCUCCUCAUCUCCAUUCAAGAAGGACCCCCCUCUAUUCUGAGGCUGUGUCCUCUGAUCUUAGAGUCUCCCACUAUAGGAAACAUCCUCUCCAUAUCCACUCUAUAAGGGCAUUAAUUCUAUUUGGAAAAUAUAUUUUUAAAAAAUUGAAUGCAACGAUUUCUUAUAAAAAUCCCAAUAAACUAUUUGUACUUUGAGGAGAAAUGGUUUGUCAACUAAAACACUCAAACUUCUACAAAUGUGCAAUGGAGAGCAUUCUGACUGGCUGCAUCACUCUUUGGUAUGGGGUGGGCUACUUCACAAUAUCAAAGACAGUUGCAGAAACUUGUAAAAUUAGUCAGCCUCCAUAGUAUCCAAGACAUCUUCAAGGAGUGGUGCUGUAGGAAGGCAGUGUCCAUUAUUAAGGAUCCCUACCACCCAGGAUAUGCCCUCUUCACACUGUUACCCUCGGGAAGGAGGCACAGAAGCCUAAAGGUGCACACUCAGCAAUUCAGAAACAGCUUCUUCCCCUCUGCCAACCAAUUUCUAAAUGGACAUUGAACCCAUGAACACUACCUCACUAAUUUUUAUUCUUUUUGCACUACAGUACUUAUCUUAACUUCACCAUUUGAUAGACAUAUGCAUACUGAAUGUAAUCCAGUUUUAUAUUUCUAUCUAUUUAUCAUUUGUUUCAUUGUACUGCUGCUGCAAAGUUAACACAUUUCAUGACAUAUGCCAGUGAUAUUAAAUCUGAUUCUGUACUACUUGAAUGUAAACACAAGUUGUUUUUAAUGACUCCUGUGCCUAACUCUGAGAGGAAAAGAACUGUAUUGUUGUUUAAGCAUGUGUAGAGUAUUAAUUUUAGUCCAGGUGGUCAAAAUACCCAUUUAAAAAAAAUUCCUCUUUUUCCUCACGACCCUUACAAAAUAUAUAGACAUGAUUAAAGGUGAUGCUAAAUAUUUUUUGGUUCCCCCACCCCCACGAUGAUUGAAAGUCUCCUUUCACACGCACAAAAUGCUGUAGGGUCUCAGCGGCUCAUCAGUAGAGGAAAAUAAACAGUCCACGUUUCGGGCCCGUGUUGGAAUGUGUUCAAAUCCCACUUCCAACGUUACUGCAUAAUAAUGAGGGAAUACCUCAAUUCGAGAUUAGAUGUUAAUCCAAGGCCCUUCUGGCCUUCGAUGGAAGAUCCCACCACUAACCAUGGUCCAUGGUUUAUUUACUCUUUAGCUGGUUCGGCAUUGCACUGCGGGCCGAAGGGCCUGUUCCUUGCUAUACAGUUCUAUCUAUCUAAUCACUGCCAAAGAGCAGAACUAUUCCUUGGGUCCCGGUCUACAUUUGUCUUUCAGCUCGCUGUCAUUGCCAUAAAUCUGCAGUCUGUGGGAGCUGCUUGUGUACUAAUUGGCUGCCAUUUUCCACGUGAGGAAACGUCCAAACAGUUUCGACUUCAAAAGAAUUUCGUCGAUGUAGGAUACUUUUUCCGAGGUCAGAGCAGCAUCAAGGUCAGGAAAUAAGUGUAUCUGAGAUUACUGCCGAAGUGCUGCGAUCGGAAUAAGAACUUGGAGUUAUCCCAGGCGGGAAAUGCUGCUCUUUAUGUUUUGUCCGAGAGUUUUUCCGUGACUUGAUGUGGCGUGAGAACUUGCAUUAGUUCCACCUCGUGUUGCUACUUCCCUCAUCCUCUCGCAACCCGGACUGCGGAUCAGCUGGUCUCAAGUUUCAACUCCGAUGUGAUGCAACAGAGCCUGAUAUGCAGACGGAAGUCGGCUGAAAUUUUAAAACUUGCUUCCAAAAGCCCUCGGAUCGGAGAAACUUCAAUGAACGCGGGGAGCUCAGAGCCGGAAAAUGCAGGGUUGGAAGAGAAGACGAAGAAAAGUGGCAAGUCACUUAAUCAACAGUUACAGUCUCUGAACCUGGAUGUAGAAAUCUUUGAAACUAAAAAGAAAACUGGUCUAACCAGAUCAAAGACUUAUGAUGCAGUCUUUCCAUCCGGUCCUACAGACUAUGAAACAAAGCUUGAAAGAAAAAAACAUUCCAAUCCUUCGAAGACAAAUGCAACCUAUCAUAAGAUCUUUAAAGACAUUGAAAAGGAUGAAUCAUUAAAACAGAGUUUUACUUGUGCUUUACAAAAGGACAUUCUAUACCAAGGGAAAUUGUUUGUGUCUGAAAACUGGAUUUGCUUUAAUUCCAAAGUCUUUGGAAGAGAUAUAAAGAUUACAAUACCUACCUUUUCUGUGACUCAGAUUAAGAAACACAAAACUGCUUUGCUGGUGCCAAAUGCCCUGUGCGUAUCAACUGAAUUUGAAAAGUUUAUGUUUGUUUCAUUGCUGUCCAGGGAUGCAACCUACAAGCUUCUGAAAUCUGUUUGUUUACAUCUGGAGGAGCGAUCUGAUGAUAUCAGUCCAAAUCCACCCCUUACUGAAAAUAAUCUCAGAGCUGAGCGCCCAACAUCUUUGCCUAUAGAUUUCAAUAUAGAAGAUUUGACAGAUUUUCCAACAGUAUGCAGAAGACGGGAAUUGGAGCAACUCAGCAGUUCUGGUUCUCAGACUCCAGAGUCUGAAAAUUCCCAAGAAUUUAACAGUGCAACCCAAGCAUUAUUGAAAGUAGAAAAGAAUGCCAUUCCUGUGCGUGCUGACGUUCACGUAAAAGAAAUGUCUGAUGUGAGGAGAAGCUAUCAUGAGAGCAGACAUUCGGUGGUGUGGGGUCUAUUACACAAAGUAAGAGUGAAUGGUGAACAGCAUCUAUCAGUAACUACCUUACUGGUGCUUUAUCUGGUCAUAGUCAUCGUGUUAGUCCUUUCAUCUUUCUAUAUGGGCAUAAAAAUCUGUGCGUUGGAGCAGCGCCUAGCAUCACUGGGAGCACUGCCAGAAUAUCAGGCACACCACAAAGGUUCCUUCAUUCAGCACGACAUGGGUUUACCAUACCGUGUCAAUACUGAUGUAAUCUAUGAUGAAUUAAAUGAAAAUCUUGCAAAGCUGGAAAAGAUACAGAAGAAUCUGCAAAAGCUCCUUGAAGGAACUGAAUGAACUUCUGCGCUUACAGUCAUCGGUACAUUUUGUGCCCAGCCAGGCCAUAAAUCUCUGGAAUGUAACGUGAACUGUGCAGGACAGAGUGAUGAUUGUUCAGCUAUGGUCCUGUAUUUAAUGGAAUUUAGCAUUGCCUUUCGAAGGAAAUAUGCAAGUUAUUUUCCCUUGCAUGUGCAAAGAAAAAAAUUCCAUUGACCAGCAAGUCCUUCAUUUAGAAAUUAAACUUUUGCAAAGCAAUACUCAAAGUUGAAGGCCUUUAUGUACUUCCACUGUAAUGUAUUUUACAAAUGCCAACUAGCUAAAAGUAGUUGAGCCUUUGGCUAUGUCCCUCCAUCAGGGUGAUUAUGAAUAAAGUACAAUAUAUGCAAUAUCCCUUUGUCUAAUGAUACAAAAUGAACUUUGGACAAGUCAGAAAUUGCUUUUGUAGCGCAGCUUUUUCCAAGAGCACAAAAUAUUUUUUUAUCUUUGGUGUCUGAGCAUUGAAUGGAUGAUCACAUUAGCAAUGUAGAGGGAAGAGAAUCACACAGACAGGCAUGGGAAGACAAAAUCCUCCCUGUCUGAUUUCCACCUUGACACUAUGCAGAUAAUGCUUGGGAUCUAAGGAUUAAAAUCCACCCCAGUGCUUCAGAUUAGUAGGUGCCUUGCAGAGUGGUAUUAAAAGCACUAUAGACAUUACUGAGUAAAUGUACAACUAUUGCAAUCUGCUAUUUAUACAUUGUAACUGAGAUCUUACAACCUUGGAUUUGAUUUCACUUGUUUACAAAUAAAGUUUUAGCAUAUAAAAAUUUGUACUAUUCUUUCAAGAGGUAGGUAGGUAGAAAAAUGGGUCAUUAUAGUACUCUGUACAUAGAAAUGACAUUCAUCAAGUUUAUACAUUAAUCAUUUGAAAACCAAUGUUGAAUACAAGUUUGAGGAGUGAGCUGGAUUGAUGUGUCAUGAGCAGAGGUAAAUAUUUUAAGGAAAAGCUGAUUUAAAUUUGUAUUUAAUUAAUAUAGGAUUGUCAUGUAAUAAGAUUAUGUCCAAAUCUUUUGUUUUAAUGAUGAGUUAAUUUUGAGUUAAUAUCGGGAUCUGGGCAAUGCCACUAUUAUAAACCAAGGCAAAUUUCAGUAAUAUUAAUGUAGAAGGACAUUUACUUCUGAGUAACAACCAUGGAUUCCCAACCACAAUUUUUUUGGGCCUAUGUAAACAGUUUUUUUCCUUCACUUGCUUUAAGUUUAUCCAGACCAGUUUAACCUGAGAAAUUUGGUCCCAUUUUUGUUCUUUUCAUGGAAACACAGUCCAAGGAUAAAGCAGGAAACAUUUUUCAUAUUGGAAAAACCUUUAAUUCUGGACAUGAAGGUCUCUAGGUUUUCAAAAAGAGCACGUAACCAAAACUUAAAAAUUUUUCAAAUUGGAUUCCAUUAUUUAAUUGGUUAAUAUGAAGAAUUGAACCAAUUUAUUCCUGAAUUUGUUAAAUCCUUCAAGUUCUUCUCCCAAGAAUAGUUUCCUAGUCAGCAUAACAAAUUUUCCCAACCUCACAAAUCAUAAUCCAUAUAUAACCUGCAUUCUUCAGCCUAUUUUCUUUUAAUACUUGAAGGCAAUUAAUGAUUUAGGCCUUUAGUUUAAAUGGCUAGAUAUGGCACACGUAUUUAUUUACGCUGUGGUGUUCUAUGAUUCCCCACAGAUCUGUUCUCUAAUCUGCACCAACCUGCAAGUAAUGGAAACUGGAGCCCUCCCUGAAGCACUGUCCCUGUUGACAGAUUUCACAUUUUUUUAAAUCAAUAUUCAAGCAAUAUCUUAAAAGUUUAAACAAGUUUUUAAAUAUACUAUAAAGUGAAUGUUUAAUUUAUUACUAAUGAAACUCCCUAACCCUAUUUAAAUAAAUAUGGUCAACGUUUGUCAGCCAUAGAUGACAUAAAACCAGGGGCUAAGUGUGUGGUGCAUCCAGCCCAGUAUGAUGUGGAACUGCUUUAGAACUCAGAGAUUCCAGAAGCAGAGUGCAAGGUCAUGUAUCAUCUGGUCUUGGCAUCUUGUCUGCUCUGUGUCAGAAAGCUACAAACAGAGUUGCUGCCCACACAGGAGCACAGCCUAGCACAAUGUGUUCUAAUCAUGCAAUUUGUAUCACAUAUCAUCUACAUAAAGGAGGUCUAAUUCCAAUAUAGCAUCCUCUGUUAUAAUAAGGAAAAGCUACAAAUUGUUUGAAGGAUUUUGAUUUCAAAACUUUAACUGGAGUUUUAAAAUUAACUUGACCAAUUCUCAAUUAGGUUUAUUAUCACUGACAUAUGACAUGCAAAUUGUUUUUUUGCAGCAGCAGUACAGUGCAAAGACUAGGAUCUAGAAAAUACAGAAGUAAAUAUAGUGCCAAAAACAAUGAGAUGGUGUUAAUAGACUGUUCAAAAAUCUGUUACUAAACCAUUGAGUGUGUGUCUUUAAAUUUCUGUACCUUCUCCCUGAUGGUUGUAAUGAGAAGAGGACACGUCCCAGAUUUUGAAGGUCCUUCAAGAUGGCUGGCACCUUCUUAUGGCUCUGGUUCUUGAUGUGUUCGAUGGUGGAGAGGGUUCUGCUCGAGACAGAUUUGAAUCUACCACCUCCUUAAUAUCCUGUGCACAUCAGCCUCCUUACAAGUCUGUGAUGCAACUAGUCACUGUUCUCCUUUCUCUAUCUAUAGAAAUUUGCAAGAGAUUUUGUUGUCAUACCCAAUUUCCUCAAACUCCUAAUGAAGUAGAACUGAUGACUUGUAUUUCUCAUGAUUGCAUCAAUGUGUUGAGCCCAGGAACUUGAAGCUGCUCGCCCUUUCCAUUGCUGAUCCCUCAAUGAAGACUGCGUACUCUCUCUUGACUUCCCCUUCUUGAAAUGCGCAGCUGCUUGAUCUGGCUGAUGUGUGCAAGGUUGUUGUGGCACCACUUGAUUAGCUUUAUUUGUCACACAUAUAUCGAAGCAUACUGUGAGAUGCAUUAUUUGCAUCAAAUCAAAGCAGUGAGAAUUGUGUUGGGCAGCCUGCAAGUGUCCACAAAGCAGAAUUAGGCCAUUCAGCCCAUUAAGUCUGCUUCGCCAUUCCAUUAUGGUUGAAGUGUCGCCAUCCUUCCAGUGCCAACAGUUCACGUCCACAACUUGUUAAUUUAACCUGCGAGUCUUUGGAAUGUGGGAGGAAACCGGAGCAUGUGGCGGAAUCCCACUUGAUCACAGGGAGAAACUAUAAAUUUCCUCCAGUGGGAACUGAACCCUGAUCUUGCACCAUUGCUGCUAAGUAUUACACUAACCACUACAAUACCAUGCCACCCCAACCAGUCAAUCUAACUUAUUCUUGUAUGCCAUAUUCUUUGUCACCAUUUGACAUUUCACCAACAAAUAAUGUCAUCUGUUAACUUUCAGCAUUUUAACUGUGCUUUGCCUCACAGUCAUGAGUGUAGAGAGAGUACAGCAGAGGGCUACGUACGCAUCCUGUGCUGACUGUCAGCCUGAAGGAGAUGUUAUUACCUACCUGUACUGACUGGUCUUCCAAUAAGGAAGUCAAGGAUCCAGUUACAGAGAGAGGUACAGAGGCUGAGGUUGUGAAGCUUCACUAUUAGCACUGAUGAAAUGGUGAUGUUGAACACCAGCCUAUAAUUGAUAAACAACAGCCUGAUGUAUGUAUUGCUGUUGCCCAGGUGCUCUAGAGUGAAAAGCCAGUGAGAUUGCGUCUGCUGUUGACCUGUUGUGGUGGUAGGCAAAUUGCAGUGGGUCCUGGGCCUUGGUCAAGCAGGAGUUAAUUCUAACCAACCGCUCAAAGCACUUCAUUAUGGUAGAUUUUAGUGCUAUUGGGCAAUUGUCAUUGCGGCACCCUGCACUUCCCAGGCAUUGGGAUGAUUGCUGCCCUUUUGAAUCGGUUGGGAAGCUCAGAGUGCAGCAGUGAGAGAGGUUGAAGAUGUUCCUAAAUACUCCAGUUAGUUGGUCAGCACAGAUUUUCAGUUCUCUGCCAGUUACAUUGUCAGGGCCUAUUUCACCUUGGAAGAUGUUCAGACGUUGGACUCCCAAGACUGAGAUCAUAGGGUCACCUGAUGCUGUGGGGAUUCACACAGGCGUAGUGUCAUUUUCCCUUUCAAAGUGUGCAUGAAAGGCAUUGAGCUCAUCAAAAAGUGAACUAUCACUGCCAUUUAUGCCUUCUCGGAUAAUAGCAUGCAAACCCUGCGACAGCUGAAAUGCAACUGAUUCUGUCUCUAGCUUCAGUCAGAGUUGUCCUUUUGCUCUUACGAUGCUAUCCAAAAGUCCUACCUCAACUUAUAGCAUUCUGGAUUAAUAGUCUUGAAUGGCACAAAUCUAGCUCUUAGCAGACUGCAAAUCUCCUGGUUCAUCCUAGGCUUCUGGUUUGGGAAGACACAGUAUGAUUUUGAUGAAGGAUCUUAGAGCUGAAAUGUUAUUUUUUUUUCUUUCUACAAAUGAUGCCUGACCUACUGUUUCUAGAAUUCCCUGUUUUUAUUUCAGUUUUCCAGUAUCUGCAGUUUUCUGAUUUUCUUUUUUAAGAAAUCUCAGCUUCUGUUUAUCUCCUGACAAUAGUAAUUUUGACAGCAUAUCAUUAAUGAGCAGUUAAUAUUAGUUUUUGACUCAUCCUGCCAAAUAGCGAUACAUUUCACUAUUAGAAUUACAUGUGUUCAGAAACAGGUGUUUAAUUGAAGAAUACCUGAUUAGGAUUUCAUUUUCAUUAAUUACUCUUAACAGAUAUCCUACAAAGAGAAAAUGGGAAAACAGCCAUCUGUUGGCACGUAUCACUUUGUGAGAUGCACUUGGCUGUACUAGCACUGUGUGUUCAUAAACACCUGUUAUACCAUCUGUUUGAAAUAACUCUAGGCAUACACGUUAACAGUCAAGAAGCGUUUUGCUUAUCAAGUUCAGUGUAAAUUAAAAUCAUUUCUCCCUUUGCUUUAAAUUGUUGAAUACUACAUCAGAACUCAAGCAAUCAAAUAUACAACAAACAAAUGGGAUUUUCACAUUGUAUUGAUUAACAAUCAGGUUGGACUGUUGUGAUUAAUAAUUCAUUAAUUAGACCUGUGUAUUAGUGCCUCAAAGUGGUUCCAAAAGGAUGCCAUGCCCAUUGUGAUUUUCUCUUCUAAUAGGAAGAUACAAAAAAAUCUUUGUUGGGAUCCAAACCGAAGUUGGUUAUGCUCCAUUCACUGGAAUUUACACAUAGGUUUAAGGACACUGACAAAAUAUCAAAUUUUAGCAUUUUUUUGAGUAAGUAAUAGAUCUAAGCUCUUGAAUGUAAGGUAUCUUUCACAUAGCAGUACAAAUGUGCAUGCAUUAGUUCCUGCAGGUUUGCUUUUCUAUCCAUUAUUAUUUGGCUCCUAUUACAGUUUAUUUUAAGUAUCAUAUUCCAUAGAGAAUUUCUGGCUCCUUAGUGACUACAAUCACUAAUGUUUCAUUUUUAUGCUAAGCUCUAAUGAUUGUGACAUUUGAGGUUUUCUUGCAGCCUCUGUAGUUUCAUGAAACUCUAUACAGAUUGAAGAUGCUCAGGAAAAUAGAAAAGAUGUCAGGGUGAUUGCUUUGAUCUUUGUAACUAAAGUUUGCAUGCUUUUAUCAGAACAUAUCCUAUAAAGGAUGUAUAGGCAGGCACAGUGUUUUGUAAUUUUUCAAACAAAAAGACUAAACUGGGCUUCCACAGUAAGUGUUCUUUAUUUCAGCCGUGAUUUAGUAUGCAUUGUAUUACAAAAUAUUUUGAAGAAUUUUAUUCUCUGUAUUUUUCUAUUUGAUGGUCAAAGCCUUGCAUACAUAUUGAUUUCCACUUCUAAAUGGUAUCUUUUGUUUUGCAUUUCUGUAU